GUGGCCAGCGCUCCACGCCGCAGUGUCUGUGCGUGGAUUCAACCGGUGGCUUUGUAGUGUGCAGCACGGCUACUUUUAAAGAGCACGCGUGAAUGAAGCGCACACAGGACCGAGGUUUAUCGCACAUCCGGGACCUGCUCAUUGCUUUUUGCGCUCACUUUUCUUUCUUCUUUCUAUGUUGGGUUGUAAAUGUGUGAUCCUCCGUCGCGUGGGUAGGUGUGCCGCCGGACGAGAGCUCGACUGGGCUGCGUGGAAAAGCGCGAGUCGCGGCGCCUCUAAGAGAGCCUCCGUGAUUUAAGGAUGCUGGUGGGAAAUGCCUGGAGACAGAGAUGACGAGAUUUGUCAAAAGGCACUCGAACUCCUCACGGAUCUUUGCUCCACGGGGGAAGUGAAAAGCGAAAACUGCCUGGAUUUCAUCUACUAUUUCCGUGAUUUGGCCAGGCCACGAUAUUCAGACUCAGAUGUGUCGGUGAGUCUUCUGUCUCUGGUAGUGACAGCCUGCGGCUUGGCUCUAUUUGGAGUCUCCCUCUUCGUCUCCUGGAAGCUUUGUUGGAUACCAUGGAGGGAGCGUGGUCUAUCCCCCACAACCAAGGAGCCCCACGGUGGGCACCUCAACCCGGCGAUGAGCCCUCUGCCCUCCCAGCCUGCACCAAGGCAGCCAGUCUACACUGCCGUGGACCCCCCCGCACACAACCGCCGUGAGUCGUCACACUGCUCCAUCGCCAAGGAGCCCGCUCCUAUGGAGUCAGUUGUUUCUGUGGAGGCUCCACUUACGCCCGUAUCGCCUCCCCCUGUGGUCCUGGCCCCACCUGAGGUAGCCAUGAAGAUCAGUUACACUUCUCCAGACAUUCCACUCGACGCCCAGCAGGAGACAAGUCGGGAAAACGGGGUUCACACCAACCCACGCAUUCAGAGACAGACGACAGAACCUUCAUCCUCCGGGAACUCCAUGGCAGAAAUCGGACAAGGCUCCAUACGCCGACACAUGAACCUAUCCAACCCCGACUUCAACAUGGCCCAGUUUCAAAGGCAGGACUCCCUCACUGGAAUGGGACUUGGCUUGGGGCGCCUCAAGCCCGAACUUUACAAACAGCGCUCUCUGGAGGGAGAUGACGGCAGUCACAGAGGCAGAGGCUGUGGACGCCUCCACUUCAUCCUCAGGUUUGACUGCGACCUGGAGCAGCUGAUUGUUAAAAUCCACAGAGCGGAAGAUCUACCAGCCAAGGACUUCUCCGGAACCUCAGACCCUUACGUUAAGAUCUACCUGCUGCCUGAUCGGAUGACCAAGCAUCAGACCAAGGUGCAUCGCAAGACUCUCAACCCUGUGUUUGAUGAGGUCUUCUUGUUUCCCGUGGCCUACUCAGAGCUUCCCACACGUAAACUGCACUUCAGCGUCUACGACUUCGACCGAUUUUCCCGCCAUGACAUUAUUGGCCAAGUGGUUGUGGACAACUUCCUGGAUCUCGCAGAUUUCCCACGGGAGACAAAACUCUGCCGGGAAAUCAAAUAUGUCUCUACGGAUAACGUGGAUCUGGGCGACCUGAUGUUUUCUCUGUGUUACCUACCAACUGCAGGGAGGCUGACCAUCACAAUGAUAAAGGCUCGCAACCUAAAGGCAAUGGAUAUCACAGGGGCAUCUGAUCCAUACGUCAAGGUUUCUCUCAUGUGUGACGGUCGCAGAUUGAAGAAGAGGAAGACCUCUACAAAGCGGAACACUUUGAAUCCGGUCUAUAACGAAGCCAUUGUUUUUGAUGUCCAACCAGAGACCAUUGAGCAGAUCAGCCUGUUGGUUGCAGUCAUGGAUUAUGACCGUGUCGGCCAUAAUGAGGUCAUUGGCGUUUGUCGGGUCGGCAAUGAUGCAGACAACCUGGGUCGAGACCAUUGGAGUGAAAUGCUUACGUAUCCCCGAAAACCUGUCGCCCACUGGCAUCCUCUUGUCGAGUACCAGUGCACCACAGGUAGUAGCCAAGGAGGAUCCUGUAACUCUCUGAAGGCGCCUCCUUCUCCAUAGAGGGUCUCGCUUAAGGCCUGGGUUCAGCCUGCCAGUGCUGACAAAUACCGCACACACGCACGCAUACACACACACACACACACACACACACACACACACACACACACACACACACACGCACACACGAUAAAGAUGCAGCCAUUCAUUGUGUUGGAGGAUUAACACUAGAAGACCCAGGAUUUUUUGCUCUACCCAUAAAACCCAGAGGGCAACCUCCCUUUUGUUAUGAAAACGGGGCAAACACUGGGGGACCACAGGAGGGGACAUGCUGAGCCAAUUCACUCAAAACACCUUGACAUAAAAUGGGGGAGAAUCAGAUAGGAGCUGCUAACUGACUAUCUGUCUUUCACCAGUUUCCCAAGGUGGCAGCCUGGGCAGAAUAUAUGAGCUGAAUCAAAAUGUAAUAUAUGUAGAAGGAUGUAGAAGUUAUCAGGACUUUUAGAUUGAUUGAUUGAUACUUUUAUUAGUAGAUUGCACAGUUCAGUACAUGUCCCGUACAAUUGACCACUAAAUGGUAACACCCGAAUAAGUUUUUCAACUUGUUUAAGUCGGGGUCCACUUUAAUCAAUUCAUGUACCCUACAACACUGAGCUUCCAACAUCCCCACCAGACACAUAAGAAAAGUAAAAGAACAGAACAUUUUUUUCAAACUGAGAUACACCAGAAACGUAUUUGAUUUUUUUUUAUUUUAGAAUUUGUAUAUUGUUUUUUCCUGUUUUGCUCUUUCCCUCUAUUUUCUCUUUUCCUGUCUCUCCCUGUCUCAACUCAUAGAUAACCAGACUGACUGUUGCUUGUUGCCCAUACUGUAAUGUGAUGUUAUGUCAAAGAUAUGAUAUUAUAUGUCUGAUUUCAAAAUACCAAUUAUGGAUUUGAGCUGUGCCAGGUUCUGCUCAACUCCUCAGGUCGUCUUUACGCAGAAGACAAAAGACAUUCACAUCUCAAUUCUCAGAUGUGCUCAGAGAACGCACCUAAGGGGCUCUGCCUUGCUAAUGACCAAUGUGGCCAUAAUGCCUCAUGUGACUGCAACCACCCCGACUAGUUUUGUGGCCGUUGACCCACCUGCCUCACUGACGACUCACUAAUCACUGUUUGUUUACAUAACAAAAGGAGGGCCUUCCAGCUGAUCGGCUGACCUGUGGGUUUUAUAAGUAGAAAAGCCAAAUGGCUGCUCUCUGGGUCUUCUAGUGUUAAAAGAGACGUAACUGGACCAGUUGCAUGUUGAAUGAUCACAUUGAUGGAUUUCUUUUUUUUCUAUAAUGUUUAAAGAGAAGAAAAAAAACAUAUGCAGACGUUUGACCUCUGUCUUCUUAGAUUUACACUUUUUUUACAUUGUCUCUUGUUACACGUCUUUAACUGAGGUGAGUGUGUAUUUGCACUAUGUACUUUACAACCAGUCAAACUGCCUUUCUCUCUUUUCUUUUGGUCGUGGAUCGGUGCAUGAGGUCAUUGCUUGUUGGGAUAUCUCCCCAAUUGUCGGUGUGUUUGUUCUCACUUCUUUGGAUGUAUUGUUCUGUUUGUUGAUGUGCAGUGAAUGUUGAUUUAUUCAGAAAGUGGUUGUCUGUGUAGAAAAAAAAAGGUAAAUAUUGUCAAUAAGUAUAAUUCAAUCAAAAAAGCCAUUGUCGAUCCGAUUGUGUCAACAGGUUUGUUUGUUUUUAAGCAUGACAAUUGUUUUUCUUUUUUUAUUUAUGGCCACACUGAAAAUAAAAAUUUAUUUUUAAGAUAUUAAAAAGGUAAAUCUUAUUAUGUGGGGCGGUAUAGCUCGGUUGGUAGAGCGGCCGUGCCAGCAACUUGAGGGUUCCAGGUUCGAUCCCCGCUUCCGCCAUUCUAGUCAAUGCCGUUGUGUCCGUGGGCAAGACGCUUUACCCACCUGCUCCCAGUGCCACCCACACUGGUUUAAAUGUAACUUAUAUAUUUGGUUUCACUAUGUAAAGUGCUUAGAGUCACUAGAGAAAAGCGCUAUAUAAUUAUAAUUCACUUCACACAUUAGAAUAAAUUGUCAUCACGAAAAUAUAUAUAUAUGUUUAAAAUGUCUUACAUUAAGAAGAGGAUUGUUGAAAAAAAAACAAUUUUGACAAACAACAAUAUAGUGAAUGUUUUGUCACAUCAAAACCAUUCAAUGUGAUUAUUUGAUUUUUUGAUGAAAAAAGAGCUACAAAGACUUAAAUCACAGAUUUGGGGUUUGAUUUAGUACUAAUAUGAUAUUAUGACAUCAUCUCAAUAAUGCUGUAAACCAAGAUAAUGUGCCUGCUGAUUUUGUUCAUUUAAUAUAUGUUAUUAUUUAUUAAAACUUUAUUUUCAAUAUUAUUAUUAUUAUUUUUUAAAGUAUUUUUCUUUUUAAUAUUAACAAUUCAUUCUGGUGACAUGAAAUAGGUUUAUUUUUAAUUGCAUUUUUUUCUUCCAUUUGGCUUGAAUGGUAACUAUUAUUACCCCGAUAUCAACAAUAUUCAUGCGAAUAUUAAAAUAUCACAAUAAAAAAAAGAAAAAAUAAUGUGUCCAUUAAAGGGUUAUAAAUGUUUUUUCUGUAUAAUUAAAAUCGUGUUUCAACAUUUACGAUACUUGAGUAAAAACAUGCUAAUCUUGUACACAAACCUAACCUAAGGUAUGUUUUUAUUUUAAUUUUAUCACAUCAAAUAAAUGGGACCAAUAAUACAGUCUUUGAUAGCAUUUUCAUGAAAGUCAUUUAAACACUUCUAUUUUUGUAAUCAUAAUGAACAGAGCAUGUAAGUAAAAGUUAAAAAAAUAUGUAUAUUCCAAAGGCAUCAGUGCCUCAACUGAUGUGAAGGACACAACUGAUACUGAAAUAUCAAUACCUCCGACACGGCACAAACCAGCACAAACUAUAAAAGCACCCGAACGUUUAGACCUCCGCCAGGCCUUACUUCAAAACAGUCCUGAAUCCAGAAAGUGAUCCUCUUUACCCCCAAAAUUUAAUCAUUUGUUCACUACCUCAUUUCUGACAUUCCCAGGAAGUAUCAUGAGUUUUUCCAGCGGACUGAAGGAAACACAGUGAACUUGUGAUCCUAUCUGUCAUCCACUGUCUUUGUCUCCGUGGGUGGAGGUGGUUAAUGUAAAGGGAAGAUAACAUACUAUAGUAGAAAUACUCCAUAUCAGCACCAAAAUCUGAUAAAUUGUUCACUGAUAAAAAUCAGUCCAUAAUGUUUUGAGUUAUAUUGUUCACUAUCAACUAACUAACAGACAAACAAACCCCAUCAACCUUUUGGCGUAGGUACAAAUGGCAGUGGUAUUUUAAUAUUUGCAAUGCCAAGUUUCACACAGGCCAAAAGAAUGCGUAGCAAAAACAAUUUUUAGAAUCAAGGCAUUUUGCAGCAUGUAUGGUUGUUUAGAGUAAAUGUAUACUAAAUAAAAGGCAGCCAAGUGGAUUUUUCAGACAGGAAAUAGCUGCUUGUAGAAGCAGACAGCAAAAAAACAAUAACACCAUUUAUUAAAAAAAAAAAAAAAAAAAAAAAGGAACAUUAUUUUUGCAAUGUUUCAUCAUGCAGUGAGUGAACCAUCUGUUGCACUUUUAGAAAUCAAAAUAACAGGCCUACUUUUAAUUUGGUGAGUCCACUAUAAAAAAUACCUUUGGAUGGUUCAUGAAUGAUGUGUGUAAUGGAUCUGUUUCGCAUGCAAACAGGAACUGAUUGAACAUUUGAGGUAUCUGUAUAUGGAAAGUAACAGCAAUUAAUAUAUUUUUUUUGCUCUUGUCCAAAGCAACUGAUAAUGAUUUGAAAUGAAAACAUUGCCUUUUUUCUUUCAGUUUGCAGUCACGUGGCAUCAUUAUCUAAUGUCCUUGUAUUUACUUACAAUGUGUGGAGAUUGCAACAUCUCCCCAGUGUGCCCAUGUCAAUGUUACUUUUUAGGCUAGUGCUGUUCUGUUUGACCUGUUCUACAGUGAGUGGUUACAAUAAAGUCUUGUAACUACAAUCAAAUGACUUCUAUUCUGUGGAUUUUCUUAUUUUACGGUUUUAAAAAUUAAGAGGCGAGAGAUAAUUUUAUUUCAACAAAAAUUGAUCAAAAUAUUGAC